AUGAUUUCGAGUACUCCCUACCAUCUCGACGAAAAGGAGGACAAAAUACGGAAAAAUAAUGCUUCAGCUCUGUUCAACAGAUGUAUAAGUCGACUUGUCAAGCACAAAACGCUCUUAUUGUUGCUAUUCAUGCUACUAUUUGGGUUGUUUUGGCUAGGUAGUGAUUUUUAUUUUUUUAAGAGAAGCCCCAAGAUCUUGAUUAUUCUGGCAGCAAAUGAAGGUGGUGGUGUUUUAAGGUGGAAGAGUGAGCAAGAAUGGGCAAUUGAGCGUAUUUCCAUUAGCAAUAAACGUGCAUAUAGCAGAAAACACGGAUAUGGACUGGUAAUUAAAGAUCUGACUCUCUCCAAAAGGUAUUCCCACGAAUACAGGGAAGGUUGGCAAAAAAUAGAUAUCCUAAAGCAAACCAUGAAGGAGUAUCCAGAUGUAGAGUGGUUCUGGUGGCUAGACGCAAGUACGCUCAUUAUGGAGCUUGACAGAAGUCUUGAGUCGCAUAUUUUUGGGCGGCUGGAUACCCUUGCAGACAGAACCCUUGAAUCUUUUAACACCUUAAAAUUACCCGUUUCCAUCCCUUACGUUGAUUACACAGAGUCAAUGGACUUGCUAAUUACUCAAGAUUGUGGCGGAUUUAACCUUGGCUCGUUCUUUAUCAAGAAUAGCGAAUGGAGUGCUCUCCUGCUCGAUAUGUGGUGGGAUCCUGUAGGAUAUGAGCAAAAGCAUAGGGUUUGGGAACAUCGUGAGCAAGACGCCCUAGAAUCACUCUACGCCAGUGAGCCUUGGAUAAGAGAGAAAGUCGGUUUCCUACCGCUAAGAUCAAUUAAUGCUUUCCCAUCAGGCGCAUGUGCCGGUUCCAGUGAAGAGCCCCUAUACUUCUACAAUGAAAACGACCGCGAUUUUGUCGUUAACAUGGCAGGUUGCAGCUUUGGCCGUGACUGUUGGAGGGAGAUGGAACAUUUUACAAAAUUAAUGGAAAAGCUCAACUGGAAAUGGUACUCCGCCCUAUUUUAA